CGCGCCAUGCAGCGGCUGGGUUUGGUACUCGUGCCCACUCGCACGCACCUAGAUACGUCCGCCAGUGUCGAUGCCAAGCUUCUGGGGGAAAUUGACACGAGGGGAGUUCAAGUGACAAUGCUUCCGGGCACGAUACACGAGUUCAAGCUCAACCUCACUCAGACACUGGUGGUUGAGAACACGCCUCUGUUCGAUUUCUUGGCGUCAGAGCACUGGUUGGGAAUGGAUGCAGGCGCCAUGCAGGGCAAGUCGUUCGGUGCCUCAGGGGUAAAAAUCGCCACACAAGCCCUUUCCACAGGGGGGCUGCUCCUGAGCGCAGCCAGCUGGGUGCCUGAAUCCGUUGCUCCCGAGCCACCCAAGUACCUGCGCGACCUCCAGGGCGUGGCUGUUAUGAGAGAGUCUAAGGGAAGAGGGCGUCGCACCACCCGGUCGCUGGGUGUAGCAUCGUAUGCUGGCCGCAGGGGAAGGUCCCACGUGUUUCAGGUGGUGUACGACAAUGGAGACGUUGAGGUGGUUAGUGUGAGCGAGUUGUGCAAUCGUGUAGCCCCUACACGCCCCUCUGCCAAGAAAGUGAUGGCGGGAAUCUCUGAGGCCAAGGAGCAUCCGUGCUCGGGCCCGUUCGAGCUUCACACGACCAAGGGGGUCAGCCAAGCUUUGGCCCGUGUGAUGCCGGGAGAGCACAGUCCAAGCAAAGUAAAGGCAUUGGUGACCGCCGGAUGUAAAGGUAUCAUGAGGAAGGAUCUUGUGAGGGCUGAGGAUGUUAGCAUUCUAACGCAAGCCGUCGCAGUUGGUUGUGUGGGAUCAGUGUUUAUCCCUUGGAAGUGGGAUGAGAAGGCAAUGCAGCAGUUGCGGGAGGGUGCCUGCACCGUUCGGUAUAUGCCCGACAAGGCAACCCUCUACGCGGCCCAGCCGCAGAGUUUUGCAAAGGCUCUUUCUGAUGGAAUCGCCAUGCCAAUCAUAGGGUUGGAUAUCUCUGAGGAAGUGAUGGAUGUGGUGUUGCCGGUGGCAUGUCAGCAUGCUGAGGUAGCUGUCAUCGCUGCUGUGCCGCGCACUUAUAUCACGCAGGCGGAUCCGGCACGCUUGCAUUGGCUCCGUGCUGUGCAACGGGACGACCGUUUGAGUGUUUUGCAAGUAGGAACUGUCACGCCAAAACAUCUGGAGCGCACAAAUUACGUGCCACGACCGAGUUAGUCGCUAUCCGCAGGUGGCUAAGCCAACCGAAGGUAGUAAGGCGAACCGCGUGUUGAUUUAUUUGAGACUUUGGGUAGCGUAUAAGGCGCUUUCCGUUGUGAUUUGAGGAUGUUAGGUUGUCGUUCAUCUGUCGUUAGCUGGAUGAGCGUUACGCAUCCAGGGUAGGGCCGGGUGUGAUAAGGCCCGGCGUGGAUCAGUCGGUGCUUCGCCAUAAAUGCGAGUGCGAAGAGGCCAAACAUUUGUCGUUUGGCUCUCGAAGCAACUCUUCGUGAGCGUAUAGACCAUUAUAUUAUUGAAGAUAAUAUAAUCAUAGGAGGGUUGAUAGGACUGUUUUGGUGUAACAAGACUG